AUGAACACUAGAUUAGUAUUCAAUAGACCUUUGGUGCUCAUGCUCAAGAGGCCAACACAAUCGGCCACAUUAAUUGGCAUUAGGCCCAGCGGAUCAACCCAGGUAAGAUACGUAUCAGGAAAUGUAGACCCUACGAAAAGAAAGGAAGACAAACUACAUAAAAUAAUUUCCAAGUCACGGCUUUUGACGAGAUUAAACAGAAAUCCUAAAUUUUCUCAUUAUUUUGAUCGUCUUAGUGAGGCUGGUACUGUCCCGACAUUGACGUCAUUCUUCAUCUUGCACGAGGUAACAGCGAUACUACCAUUGUUUCUAUUAUGGUGGCUAAUUUAUAACCUCGAUAUAUCUGAUGAUUUUAAGCUGCCUAGCUUUUUCAAUGGGCUGAUGGAUAGUUGUCAUACAGCUAUGGAAAAAUUUGUUGGCAAGAGGUAUCAGGAAUGUCUCAACAAAAACAAACUGAUUCUAUCUGGCACGAUAGCUUACGUUACAGUCAAAUUACUAUAUCCAGUACGCAUUUGUAUUAGCAUCUGGGGAGCGCCUUAUUUUGGAAAAUGGCUGCUGCUUCCCUUUCAAAAAUUAAAACACCUUAUUAAGAAGUAG